AUGGCUUCCGGCACUCUAAGGGAAGAACCACCAGGAGGUGGGGACGACUCGUAUGAUCAGGUCACUAAUCUAGCAAUUAUCGUGAGUAAGCCUAUCGAAGAAACAGUAUGCGCCCAUGAUACUGGAGAAAAUGGCGACAUCUUACACUCAGAGGUCGACACGAAGAACCAAAGUACAAGCGGCAAGGAUCACGAUGACUCCCAUUCCGCUCAUGGACAGGAUACGACCACCGAUCAGAUCUACCAGAAAGUGCAGCUACUGGAAUCUAAGUUGAAAGAGAUGCAGGAUCUCACAGAACGGGAAAGAGCUGAGCGAGAAAAAAUGAGAAAUCCAGACAGCGAUGAUUAUCCAGGCGGCCUGCCACAUCUGCCGUAUCCGAUGACAGCCGCUGGGCUCUUCGACCAUCCAAUGUCACGCGACUGGUUUCGAUUUGGGCGGAAAGGCAGGGCCAGAGACGUCGGCUACAUGAGCCUGGCAAUUCGUCAAUAUGAGCGGGAGAUUGAAAUGCUUACCGGGGAGAAAGAGAAGAUUGACGGUCUCCACGAGGAGAUAAGAGCGCUGCGUCUAGCCGAAGGAAUAUGGGCGAUUGAGCGCGAAGGGUUACUGAAGAAUCAGCAGAAGGUCGAAAAGGCAGCGAGCCUAUGUGAAGAAACAGGCCACCUGGUUCCAACACACGAGGACGCUGAAAACUUCGAUAUCCUUCCGACAAAGCAGCUGGAGACUCCCGCCCUGAACUACGUCGAAUGGUCAAUUUUCAAGGCCAUCUCUAAGGGGACAUCAAAAGAAUCCUUUGCCAUCGAUGUGUUGAAGGGCGAGCCGAUCGUAACUUUCGAUUACAACCAGAUGCAGACGGUCCAGUCUCGCAAGGGGAAUCUUCUUCGGGACGAUUCAGCAAAGAGACGCAGAGCCCCUGUCCCUGCAAAGGAAAUGCUUCUUCCCGGGCAGGCGCCUCUUCCAGAACGUAUCCGGAUCAACUCGACGCACAUCACAAAGUUUCUCGAAGAGAUUGACAGUGAGGCUAUCUCUAUGUACUCUGGUGCCAUCAUGAUUAGGCCUUACAGAGCCCUAGUCUACUACAAAGAGCAGAUUCGACAGAGGUUCGAAGCGAUCCAUGCGAUCUCUGAGGUUCAAGAUGAUGAGGAUGAUCAUGGUUCCAAUCAUGAAUCCGAGGGAGAAGCCGGUUUAGACGAUGAAGCAAGAAGCAAGGUUGGUCCGUCUGAGCACACGAGUGCCACAACGCUGCCUAAAGACAAAGAGAGAGAGAGAACGAUUGUGCAAGAGGACGAUCUGGGCCGGAGAGAUGAGGACAAGUGCACUCCAUCAACGACUGCCUAUCAUCACUUGAAAGCUCUCAUGGACUUCAUGGACAAUGAGAUUCAAAAGAAGAUGGACUAUAUCUCCGGUGAGGACUGUCAGAAAGUUUCCUUCGCAGAUAUCUGGUACCUCUUCAAGCCCGGUGACGAGGUGAUUGGGCAGAAUCGUCGACAAGCCUACCGUAUCAUCAAAAUCACAAGUGCGGGUCACAAAGUGAUUCCGCCAGCAUGGCUCAAGUACCGCAUUUCGCAACCAGAUUUGGAGACCCCCGUCGUCCUACAUUGCGUGUACGUGGAUUUCGACGGCAAAAGACUUGGUCCGGUGACCAGAGAGGUCAAGAUUCAACGGUUUGAUGGCGAAAAGGCUGUCACAUCUCUUGAAGUCUUUCCCAUACGAUACGCCGAGCCAAAGCACAAUGAAAGAGAAGACGCCAAACAGUCGUUCCGGGAGCGACUAAUCGACCGAGGCAAGAAGUUUCUCGAUGUGACGACAUUCAAGCAUAUGCACUAUAGCGGCCUCACUCUGGAUACAAGAGAUGAGGUUGACGCUCACGUUGUAGUGGAUUUCCAAGAGGCUUUCUCUGCCAACGUUGAGGCGAGGUGGAUGCCGGAGUUGGAAACCCUGAUUGGACAGUCAGAAGAGGAAACGACAGAUGAAGAAUGCGUGUUUGAUUGCUGUCGCCAAGAGACAAUCUUCAAAGAUAAAUUUGCAGAGAGGAAGCGGAACGAGGAAUACAUUGCUGGGCUGAUGCCCGAUAGCGAGGACCGGAUCCGAGAGCCUUCGCUGGCCAUAUAUCCAAGGGCGUUGGAUGAAAUCAAGCGAUCAGAGAAUGAAUUAGAUCCUCGAGAUCUAGUAAUCAUGUCCUAUCGUGUCUUCGGCUUUGUGCUGCGUAGCCGGAAAUGGGCGGAACUCGACCUGACUUACCUUGGACCUCCGAUGGGUUCUAGGAAGAAGGAAAGCUCAGGUGUCCAUUUCGCGAACAAGCUCGACCAGGACGAUAACAGGCCCUCCAACAGAUCUGUCACUGGAGAGAGUGUCGCUGGCAAGGUCGCCAUUGCGGAAAGUGACAUUGCGAAAGAUCAUAGAGGGAAUACUGGGACUCAAGAGAAGCGACAGACAGCUUUCGACCAACUAGUGCUUCCUCCAGGACACCAAACAAUGAUCCUUUCUUUGAUUGCUCAGCAUUUCAGAGACAAGGACGCUUCAAGAAAGGAUGAUGCCGGAGAGAACGAGCAAGUUGACAUUGUUCGCGGUAAAGGAAAGGGUCUGAUCAUUCUUCUUCAUGGUGCCCCUGGUGUUGGCAAAACUUCCACAGCGGAGGGCGUGGCCGAGAAGUUUGAGAAGCCGCUCUUCCAGAUAACUUGUGGUGACUUAGGAACAACGGCCAGAGAUGUCGACGAGGCCUUGGGCACACACUUCAACUUGGCAAACAAGUGGGGAUGUGUUCUCUUGCUCGAUGAAGCUGAUGUGUUCCUCGCCGCACGGUCAAAGGAAGAUUUCAUCCGAAACGGAUUGGUAUCAGUUUUCCUGCGGGUUCUCGAAUACUAUGCGGGCAUCCUGUUCUUGACUACUAACCGAGUUGGCGACUUCGAUGAGGCCUUCACUUCUCGCAUCCACAUCAGCCUCCACUACCCCCAACUUCAGUUGGAGUCGACGAGAGAGAUCUUCAAACUGAACCUUCGGCUGAUCAAAGAGCGUUUCGAGAAGAAAAACCGACGCUUAGUCAUAGAAGAGGAUGGGAUAAUCAGCUUUGCGGAGAAAUAUUGGAAUGAACACAACAAAGAACGGUGGAACGGCCGGCAGAUUCGGAACGCUUGUCAGACAGCACUCGCGCUGGCUGAGUUUGCCGCUCAGGGAAGCAAUCAUGAGCAAGUCGUGGAUGCUCAUGCCGAGGUGGAGCUCAAGGUUCGCCAUCUGGAAACUGUGUCCAAUGCGUACCUCGGGUUCAUGGAUUAUUUCAACAGAGUUCGCGAUAAAGAUACUGAGAGAUGGGCCAAAGCAUUGCGUAUCCGUGCCAGAGAGGAGAUAGUGGGUGACGGUACGGAAAAGACUACGGAGGUGGCCAAAGACGAAGUUGUGGGCCGAGAGCAGCCCGAGAGAACCAAGCAACCUCAUCCAGACUCGACGUUGCAUGUACAGCCCGCUGCUCAACCGACAAAUAAUGAUUCGAUGAUACGAUCGACAGCCGCUACUCCUCAGCCCCCAGCAAAUCUUGAAGCGCAGCACGCUCCGGCUGGACUGCCACCUGGUUACCCAGCUCCGCCGUAUUAUUCUUACCCUCCGCCAGGCUUCCAAGCUCCAGGGUAUCCAGGCAUGCACAACGGUCAGCAUGCACCAACUCAAGGAUGGUGGGGUCCACCUCAGCCACACCCUACUGGUAGCAAUGCGAACCAUGGAGCUCCAGGGGGUUAA